AUGACGCCGAUUCUUGCUGUCCCACCGACGGCGCAUCUUAGCGACCUCCACUCCUCUCUGCUGCCAUAUUUUCGCAAAAUUGGCCCGACCAAUAUGGGGGGAAAUUUUGUGACACUGAACGAUUCCUUCUGUGACCUAGCCGGCGCCGUCUUCUGCCGCCUCAACCUCGCUGUGCUCUGCGGCGGCGCCGCGGACCGAAUGAAAUGGGUGCGUCUUCACAUCUGCCGCCCCGUGCCUCGACCCGAGCCUCCGGGCCGGGUCCUUCUCCAGCAGGCCCGCAAUCAGGUCCCUUGCGGCCCGCGUCUCCCCUCCGGCUCCGGGCCCGGCCGGCGGGAACUCGAGCGGGGCCCGCACGAUGUUGCGCAAGGUCGCCUCGUUGGUGGGCCCCGCGAAAGGGGUCCGCCCGUAAAUCAUCUCGUAGACGAACACCCCAAACGCCCACCAGUCGACCGGGCUGCCGUGGGGCCCGCCGCGCGCCACCUCGGGAGCCACGUACUCGUGAGUCCCGACGAAGGAGCACGACCGGGCCGCGACGGGCUCGGCCACGAACCGGAGGCCCGCUGCCAGGGCCGUCCGGACCUUCCGGGACCGGAAGAGGCGGCGGCCGCCGAAAGGGAGGCAGGCGAAGGGGGAGGGAGGCGGCGGGCCCGGGGAGGAGUCCGGGGACUCGAGGGCGGCGGUGGAGUCGGAGCAGAGGGAGAGGUCAAAGUCGGUGAGCAUGAUGUGGCCGUCGGAUCUAACAAGCACGUUCUCCGGCUUUAG